AUGGAUACAGAAAUCGAUCAGAACCUGGAACAGAUAACCCGCGAAUACGUCGACUUUCUGGAUGAUGUGGAGGACCAAAACAUAUACGCUACGAUGGUUAAGAACAUGAUCCAAGAAGAGAAAUACAGACUAGUUGUAAAUAUCAAUGAUUUGAGGAGAAAAAAUUCUGCACGUGCGGCAAGUCUGUUGAACAAUUCCUUUGAGGAGCAGCUGGCGUUUCAGAAUGCCCUGAAACAAUAUAUCUCAAGCGUGGACAUUGACUAUGCUAAGAGCAAUAAAGAUUUCUUUGUCGCUUUCGAGGGCAGCUUUGGAAACAAGCACGUCACGCCAAGAACACUUACCUCUCGUUACCUGGGUAACUUGGUGUGUGUGGAGGGAAUUGUCACGAAAUGUUCAUUGGUACGACCAAAAGUGGUGAGAAGCGUCCAUUAUUGCGACGUGACCAGAACGAUUUUGGAAAGAGCCUAUUCAGAUCUAACUUCCUUAGAAGCUUUUCCUCAUUCCGCUGUUUAUCCGACUACCGAUGAAGACGGCAAUCCGCUUGAAACAGAAUUUGGUUUAUCGACUUACAAGGAUCACCAGACGCUUACUAUACAGGAGAUGCCGGAAAAAGCUCCAGCUGGUCAAUUACCGCGAAGCGUGGAUGUAAUUUGCGAUAACGAUCUGGUGGACUUGUGUAAACCUGGAGAUCGAGUGCAAGUUGUUGGAAACUACCGAUGUCUCCCAGGAAAACAGGGUGGUUAUACAACUGGAACUUUUAAAACGGUCCUGAUCGCCAACAAUAUAAUGCAACUUAGUAAAGAAGCAAAUCUUGCAAUCACUCAUGACGAUGUAACUAUGUGCAAGAAACUGGCGAAGAACAAGAAUAUCUUCGAACUCCUGGCCAAAUCCCUUGCGCCAUCCAUACAUGGUAAUGAAUACAUAAAAAAAGCAAUUCUAUGCCUUCUUUUGGGUGGAGUGGAGAAGAUUUUGCCAAAUGGUACGAGGCUGAGAGGAGAUAUAAACGUAUUACUGAUUGGAGAUCCAUCAGUGGCUAAAUCGCAACUAUUACGUUACGUGUUAUGUACCGCUCCACGAGCAAUUCCUACCACUGGAAGAGGAUCCUCUGGUGUUGGUUUAACAGCGGCGGUUACGGUCGAUCAAGAAACUGGUGAGCGUAGAUUGGAAGCAGGCGCGAUGGUUUUGGCGGACCGUGGUGUUAUUUGUAUCGACGAAUUCGAUAAGAUGUCAGACAUCGAUAGAACGGCAAUACAUGAAGUGAUGGAGCAAGGCAGAAUCACAAUUGCCAAGGCGGGGAUUCACGCCAGUUUGAAUGCGCGUUGUUCAGUACUAGCUGCUGCAAAUCCUGUGUACGGGAGAUAUGAUCAAUAUAAGACUCCCAUGGAAAAUAUUGGCCUGCAGGAUUCUCUGUUGUCGCGAUUUGAUCUGCUCUUUGUUAUGUUGGAUAUGAUUGAUUCGGAACAGGAUCACGUGAUUAGCGAUCACGUUGUCCGAAUGCAUCGAUACAGAAGUCCUCUGGAACAGGACGGGGAAGCUUUGAGUUUAGGCUCAAAGUUAGAUAUGUUGACCACGAAAAAUCCGGAUGAUGUAGCUACUGAAGAAACGCAGUCCCAAGUUUAUCAGAAAUACGAUCCACUUCUACAUGGACAAACGCGUCGUAAAAACGACCAGAUUCUUUCCAUACAAUUCAUGAGAAAAUACAUACACAUUGCACGGUGCAUGAAGCCCAAACUCACAGAAGAGGCCAGCGCUGUUAUUGCGGAAGAAUAUUCGACACUUCGAUCAGAGGAUAUGAUAGAAUCCGACGUUGCGAGAACUCAACCUGUAACAGCGAGAACUCUGGAAACAUUGAUUCGAUUGUCCACGGCGCACGCAAAAUCCCGACUCUCGAAGAACGUAGAAAGCGAGGAUGCACGCGCUGCAAUAGAGCUUGUACAGUUCGCUUACUUCAAACGUGUGCUGGAAAAAGAAAAGAGGAAGCGGCGACGUCACGAUAGCGACGCGUCGGAGGAUGCGGACGAGAUAGAUGAGAACAGACAGGCGAAGCGCUCGAAAAAAGCUGCAGGAGAUUCAGGUGACCCAUACGAAUACGACAGUGACGACGAACACAUCGAGCAAGUGACCAGAAGAAUAACCAGAACACAGUCACAAAAGACUAGCACGCACACAUCAGACAGUGGUCAGCACAUGGAGAUCGAAGAUCAAGAAUCCGGACUUUCUGAAACAACGACGUCGACUAUCACGCAGGAAAGACUUGCAGUCUUCAAAUCGUCGCUUAAUAAAUUGUUCCAAGAACGGAGAACUCAAAAUAUUCUGAAGACGGAAGUCGUUGAUUAUCUAAACACAACGCUUUCUCUGAAUUUUACAACUGAUGAGAUUAACGCCGCUAUUAGCACCAUGACGGAUGCGAAUCAGAUUAUGGCUGUGGAAGGCUUCAUCUUCUUGAUAUAAAAGGUUUUUGUAAUGUCUCGUUAUAUUUUAAAUAUUAACCGAAAUGAUAUCUUCAAACCCUUAAUUUAUCAGAAUGUGAAACUUCUGGUUACUCGUUACAACUAUAUUAUGAAAUUAUGAGAAAAACGAAGAAUCAUAACUACAAUGAAUAAUUAUUUAGGCUUUUCGUAAUUUCGUAAGCAAGCCUUCGAGAGAAAUAUUUUUUAUACCAUUUGUAAUGUAUGCUAGCGAUCGAGUAAUAAUAAUAAGCUGUACACGUUUAUGAAUAA